GCACCGAAUUUAUUUGGGGUGGUCGGAGGCGGAGAGAGUCAGUCGGCUGGCUCGCUGUGGAGCUGUGUCGGGCAGCAGGAGGAGCCGACCGCCGACAGAAAAGACCGACUGAAAGAAAAAGAAGCCGAGCGAUACCCCGAUGCUCUGAACCAGGCUUUGAGCAUCGACCAUUGUUCGCGUGAACGUCCGGUUUGGACGCGGAUUUAAAGGGAGCCUACGGAGGAAGCCACACACCCCGAAAAGCAGAAGAGAGGAGACCGUGAGCGAGGGAAGGAGCUGGAUGCAGCAUGUUAUUAGAGAGAGUGACUCUGCACUGACCGCCUCGUCCAUGUUAAUGUAAUGGAAACGGGCUUUUGGUCAGCGGCGUCUGAAAUGCAUCAGUGGAAUAAUAUGAGGAACCCCCAUGGCUAAUCGCAUCGAGUCGUGCUGGCUUUGGCGUGCCUCUCAGGAGCCGGGUGCCCUUCCCAGCCCAGCGCCAUGCUAAGACAACACACGGACAAUAACAAGGAGCGCUUAGUUCAACCAGUGGGAAAGCUGUGGAAAAAGUUGGUGGAAAAUCUACAGUCCGAGUCGCCAUGUCAGUCUUGCCGUUUUUGAUUUUGACCUAGAAUCUGUGUAACGCACAGUAGCCGUUCGAAGAAAGGCUCCUUUGUUCGCUCCGAGUCGCAGCAACGUUGGAUUUUUUUUUUAUUUUUAUUUUUUUUAGGGUAGAAUUUUCAGCUGAGCUAAUGGAUGUUCAGAUUUACAGCUGGCUUCGGUUGAAAUUGAAAAUGCCCGGGGAGAAGUAAAGGGCCCCCCCCCCUAUGACCAGGAGGACAAGGCGGAACAGCAGCGUCAGUUCAAGAUGGCCCAAACCAGUUUGCUGCAGGGAAAGCGCUUCUACUGCCGAGAGUGGGUCUUCCACAAGGUCCAGCACUGCCUCCAGGAAAAAACGAACAACCUCAGCGAAGUGACCAGCACGCCCAGUAAGCAGCCGCCGCCACUGCCGCCUGUGCCCGGCGGGGGUGCGCCCGUCCCUGCCGGCGUCCCGCCAGGGUCCGCCAAAUCCGGCGGCUCCUGGGGCGUGUUGCUGGUGGGGGGGCCCGGCAGCGGGAAGACCGCUCUGUGCACGGAGCUGCUGUGGCCCACGUCGGCCCAGGGGAGCCACCGCAGCCUGCACAAGCAGAGCCUCGCCUUCCAUUUCUGCCGGGCGGACGACUCGGACACGCUGUGCGUCGGCGCCUUCAUCCGCAGUCUGGUGGCUCAGGUGUGCCGAGGCGGGCUGGUGCCGGGAUACGAGGAGAAGGUGCGCGACCCGGCCGUCCAGAGCACGCUGCAGCCCGGAGAGUGCGAGAGGAACCCCGCCGAAGCCUUCAAGAAGUGUGUCCUUUUGCCUCUGCUGAGCGUGAAGCCGCCUCCGCAGUCCCUCUUCCUCCUCGUGGACUCUAUAGACGAAGGCUCCCAGCUCGGCGAGGGGGAGCAGAGGUCUUCGCCGGGGUCUCCCAGGACGAUCGCAGAGCUCCUCGCCAGUCACCACGAGUUCCUGCCUCCUUGGCUGCUGCUUAUCUGCUCUGCGCGUAGGCAGAACAAGGCAAUCACCAAACUUUUCACAGGAUUCCGCAAAAUCAGCCUGGACGAUCUGCGGAAGGCCUACAUCGUCAAGGAUGUGCAGCAGUACAUCCUCCACCGGCUGGACCAGGAGGAGGCCCUGAGGCAGCACCUGACCAAGGAGACGGCCGAGAUGCUCAACCAGCUUCACAUCAAGAGCAGCGGCUGCUUCCUCUACCUGGAGCGCGUCCUCGACGGCGUGGUGGAGAACUUCAUCAUGCUUCGCGAGAUCCGCGACAUCCCGGGAACUCUCAACGGGCUCUACCUGUGGCUCUGCCAGCGGCUGUUCGUCAGAAAACAGUUUGCCAAAGUCCAGCCCAUACUUAACGUAAUCCUGGCGACCUGCAGGCCUCUCACGGUCAAAGAGCUGUACCAUGCGGUCUGGACCAAAAACAUGACCCUCACCAUGGAGGAGUUUCAGAAAAAAAUGGACAUCCUCUCCAAGCUGUUGGUCGACGGCCUCGGGAGCACUAAAAUCCUCUUCCACUACAGCUUUGCAGAGUGGCUGCUGGACGUGAAGCACUGCACCCAGAAGUACCUGUGCAACGCAGCAGAGGGUCACCGCAUGUUGGCCAUGAGUUACACCUGCAGAGCGAAGCAGCUGAAACCUCUGGAGGUGCAGGAGUUCGCCCUGCACCUCGUCAACUCCAACCUGCAGAUCGAGCCCUGCAACCUGGCUCUUUGGAUGGUCUGGAACGGCACGCCGGCCAAAGACUCCCUGAACACCUCCAUACCAAGAGACCAGGAGGUCCUGCAGCUUCUGGUCAAAGCCGGCGCUCACGUAAACAACGAGGACGACCACGCCUCGUGUAUCGUGCAACAGGCCCUGGAGCGGGAGGACUCGAUAAGAACGUUGCUCGACAACGGGGCCUCCGUGAACCAGUGUGACACCAAUGGAAGGACUCUGCUGGCCAACGCUGCCUACAGCGGCAACCUGGAUGUGGUCAACCUGCUCAUAUCCAGAGGGGCGAACAUGGAGCUGGAAGACAACCACGGGCAGACGGCGCUCACGCUCGCUGCGAGGCAGGGCCACACCAAAGUGGUCAACUGCCUGAUAGGGUGUGAAGCCGACAUAAACCACACGGAUCACGACGGCUGGACCGCCCUCCGCUCCGCCGCGUGGGGCGGACACUCCGAGGUCGUGUCUGCUCUUCUCUACGCCGGCGCCAAGGUGGACUGCGCCGACGCGGACGGCAGGACGGCGCUGAGGGCAGCGGCCUGGGGAGGCCACGAGGACAUCGUGUUAAAUCUUCUCCAGCACGGAGCGGAGGUCAACAAGGCGGACAACGAAGGGAGGACGGCUCUCAUCGCCGCAGCGUACAUGGGGCACAGAGAGAUAGUGGAGCACCUGCUGGACCACGGCGCCGAAGUGAACCACGAAGACGUGGACGGGCGGACGGCGCUCUCCGUGGCCGCCCUCUGUAUCCCCGCUAGCAAAGGCCACGCGUCCGUCGUCAGCCUUCUGAUCGACAGGGGAGCGGAGGUGGACCACUGUGACAAAGACUGCAUGACUCCUCUGCUGGUGGCCGGCUACGAAGGCCACGUGGACGUGGUCGACCUGCUCCUGGAGGGCGGCGCCGACGUGGAUCACACGGACAAGAACGGGCGCACGCCUCUGCUGGCGGCUGCGUCGAUGGGCCACGCGUCCGUGGUCAACACGCUGCUCUUCUGGGGAGCCGCCGUGGACAGCAUCGACAGCGAGGGGCGGACGGUGCUGAGCAUCGCCUCCGCUCAGGGCAACGUGGAGGUGGUCAGGACUCUGCUGGACAGAGGGCUGGACGAGAACCACAGGGACGACGCAGGCUGGACCCCGCUGCACAUGGCUUCGUUCGAGGGCCACCGCCAGGUGUGCGAUGCCCUGAUUGAACAAGGUGCGCGCUGCUCCGAGGUGGAUAACGACGGUAGAAUACCACUGAUACUGGCUGCCCAGGAGGGACACUACGACUGUGUGCAGAUUCUCCUGGAGAACAAGUCAAACAUCGACCAGAGGGGGUACGACGGACGGAACGCUCUCAGGGUAGCGGCGCUCGAGGGCCACAGGGACAUCGUUGAGCUGCUGCUGAGCCACGGCGCCGACAUAGAUUGUAAAGACGCAGACGGCCGGCCGACGCUCUACAUCAUGGCACUCGAGAACCAGCUGGCCAUGGCGGAGUACUUCCUGGAGAACGGCGCCAACGUGGAAGCCUGCGACACGGAGGGCAGGACGGCCCUCCACGUCUCCUGCUGGCAGGGGCACGUCGAGAUGGUGAGGCUGCUCGUCAACUACGGCGCCGACGUGAACGCCUGCGACAACGAGAAGCGCUCCGCCCUCCAGUCGGCGGCGUGGCAGGGCCACACCAAAGUGGUCCAGUUUUUGAUCGAGAGCGGCGCGCGCGUCGACCACACGUGCAACCAGGGGGCGACGGCGCUGGGCAUCGCCGCCCAGGAGGGCCACGUCGACGUCGUUCAGAUACUGCUGGAGAACGGCGCAGACCCCAACCACGCCGACCAGUUCGGCCGCACGGCCAUGAGGGUGGCGGCCAAAGGCGGCCACUCGACCAUCAUUAAAAUCCUGGAGAAGUACGGCGCCACCACGUUGAACGGCUGCAACCCCUCCCCGGUGCACACCAUGGAGGAGAAGACCCCCCUGGCCGUGACGGGCAAAAUGCACUCCCUCACUAUCAAGUCGAGCAGCUCCGGCAGCACGGGGGCGGGGGACGUGCAGUCGUCCGGACGCGGCCUGCCCAACGGACCCGUCCACGCGUUCAGCUCGCCGUCGGAGUCCCCCGACUCCACCGUGGACAGGCAGAAGUCGUCCCUGUCCAACAACUCCCUCAAGAGCUCCAAAAACUCCUCCUUGAGGACCACGUCGUCCACGGCCACGGCCCAGACCGUGCCAAUCGACAGUUUUCACGGCAUGACGUUCACGGAGCAGAUCCAGCAGCACUCGCUGCCCCGGAGCCGCAGCAGACAGUCCAUCGUGUCUCCCUGCUCCACGACGAAGUCCGUCAGCCAGCAGCCGUCGUCUCCAUCCAGCGAGUUUGAGUGGUCUCAGCUGAAGGCGGGUCUGAAGGCAGCGAAGGCAGCGAAGGGCGGCAGCGGCACUCAGAAUAGCAAAGCAGCCCCGGGAGACAAGAAGAAAACCAAGAACAGCGGCUCCAGCCAGGUUCUGGAGUACGAGAUGACCCAGUUCGACAAGAGGAUGGCUUUCAACCAGUCAGUCGCUAAUAUCGCGCUGAAGGAUCCUCACUGCAAGAUCAUGAUCGGCGGCCCCGGGCAGCAGGAGCGGGGCCAGUGCCAGGAGCCGUUCUACAUCCAAGCGCAGAGCUGCUCCGAGAAGAAGAGGAACGGGAUCAUGACCAACCCUAAGUAUCACCUGCAGGGCAAUCAGGUCUUCCUGGGUCGGGUUUCGGUUCCACGGACCGUGCAGAACCGGGGCCACCAGGACGUUUUGGAGAGCUACCCCAUCGGGGAGACGGAGCUGAGCCUUAAACAAGCCCUGAAGCUGCAGAUUGAGGGAUCAGACCCGGGCUUUAACUACAAAAAGGAGACUCCGUUAUAGCUGAUGUUCUGAACGCCAUCCGUCAUGCUGACAUUGGAGAGAAUGUGCCAAAGCAACAGUUUUCAUCUGCAUAACACAGCUACAUUUACCCCCCCCCCCCCCCCCCCCCCCGGAUGCCAUACAGCAACGGUCCGCCUGCGGCGUAUGUGAACUGAUACUUCGAUGUGCCUACAUCUGUUACAGCCUUCUGUUUUUCAUACAAAAUAUCAUUUUUAAUUUAAAGUUAUGCUAUUUAAAUAAACAGUGUAUGCACUUUUAAAAGAAUAAACUGACAGACAGAUGUUUUGCUUUCCCUCCCCACUCCCAUCAUUUUGUACCCCAUCCAGGUUUUCUGAGCUGUUUUUUGAGAGAAUCGUGCCAAUUCUUUCAUUAUUAUUUAGCAUUAUGCCGUAUUUGGUCUCGCUGUCCCAGACCGGAGGACACCACAGUAACUGAUGUCAUGGUUGUCAUUCAUUGCCUUCCUAGAGACCCCAAAUAAUCUGUUACCUUUGAGCAGAGUGCUAAAAUCGUUGUUGUGUGACAUGUUAAAAGCCGUUUACUGGGAUUUAAGGCGUAUUUAUUUUAUUUUUUAGGAAGACAAGCCACUUUUGUUGCGUUUUAAUGUGUGUCGCGUCACAUUCUACCAUGGUGCUGUGUUCAGAGGAUGCCAACAGACAUUUUGGGAGUUUUAUUUUUGGCUUUUACAUAUCUAAGUUAGAGGGAGGCUCAUUUAUAAUGUAAAACAAAUUUGAUUUUGUCCCUAUGGGAUUUUUUUUUCUGUUUUUAUAUUACGUGUGUGUGUGUUUGUUUCAUGUGCAAAAGUAUUUAAGCAACCAUUGUGUGUUGUCAGCAAGGUUUUGGUGCUAAGUGCAGCGGAUUUUUUUUUAUUUAGCAUUUCUCAGCAGCUCAGCAAACAGACCUCCGGCUUGGUUUCUGUAUCAUUUUUCCGACAAUAUUCUGCUGGACUUUUCAGGGGCAUGACACAAAAAGAGGGUUCGGUCAUUUAGACGACCCUUAGCUGUUAGUGAUAUGGGUUGAAAUGCAGACUUGAAAAGCCAAAGUUGAAACGGCACACUCUGACCCGCCUCCUCUGUGGGAAACGGAGAAUCAGUUCAAUAGGACCUAAACCCUGCAGGAGGAAGAAGAGGAGGAGGAGGAGUUUGGUCAACCAUGACUCUGAGAGCACUGAAACAUCUGGUUCUUGUGAUCCGAGCGGAGCUGCGUUAGCGUUUACAGGCUGGGUCUUCUCUUUUUCUUUUUUUCUUUUUUUUUUGCCGGCUUUUCAUAAUGUUAACAGUGAGCUAUAUUUUGCCAGGAGCAGGGAUUUUGGGGCAACAGAAGACGUAUCGCAUGCACAAACACCUAUAAGCCCCCGGUGAGAGCUCUCUGCUCCUCAGUAGCUCCAGCGUGUGCCGUGAAGGGUGAAUGGAAGGAUUCCAGGCAGGAAAACAUGAUGUAUAGUCUUACUAAACGGUUCUUUUGUUGGUCUCGAAACUGUUUUGUCUGUCAACUUUGAUUUGACUCAGUGAUUGGAUUGUAAAUAGCUUAUCGUGUACAUUUAAUUUUCAUUUAAAAUAAUUUCUGUAUUAUAUGAAGCUGGAUUUUCUGAUGUACAUUAAAGUGCUUAAUAAACAUAUUUGCUUUACUGCUGAA